AUGGCCCUCCAACACUCCCUCCUCCUGCCCAUCGGGCUGGUCCUCUUCCUCCUCGCCGUCGACGCCGCGGUCACCAUGGGCCUCGUCUCAACCAUGGUCGCAUUCCUCCACGGCGACGGCAGAGGCCCAUUCCCCUUCACUCCUCCGAGCGGCUCGCAUUUAUUGAUACUCGCCGGCGAGCCCGUCAACCUAGUCGUCAACCAAGGCCACACCACCAAUGCCGCGGGCGGAACAGCCCUGAUUUUAGUCGGGUUCGGCGGGAGCAUCGCGUUGUGGUUGGAACGCCGGUCCCGGAAAAAGUGGGACCACUCCUCCCCCUUCUUCCACCUCUGGUCCCUCCUCGUCCUCCUCAGCUGGCUCCUCACCACAGGCGCGCUCAUCUACACCUUCGUCGAAACCUCCCACACCAGCGGGCAAUCCAUCGACGUCGCAGCAGUCCGCGAUCUAGCGGGGUCGACAACACACUACCCGUACGGCCGCUGGACGCCGGAGAACUGGUAUGCCGCGGUGCUGGAAUUGCCGCUGCAGGACGCGACGCAGCGCCGGGCGCUGAGGGGUGAGAUGACGGUGAUGCGUGGGUGGCGGUGGAAUUUGGUGCCGAUGUUUGUGUUGGGGUUUGGGUUGUUGGUGUUGGUGGUGUUGGAGCUGGUGAGGGUGAGGAGGAGGGGUGCGCAGAACGUGUCGAUGACGGAGGUUUUGGCGGAGCCGUUUGAGAAGGUUAGUGCGUAG